AUGGAUUUACCUGAACACUUGUUGAUAGAAAUUCUACUGCGGUUGACAGUGAAAUCAUUGAUCCUAUUGAAGUGCGUCUGCAAAUCGUGGUGUGCUUUGAUCGAAAGCCCCAAGUUCAUAGCUAUUCAUCUUAGCCGCGCCAAAAAUACCAAACGUCUUCUACUCAAGAAUGUGCCUUGUGACAUAGAUGAAACGCCCCCUACUUUCCUGUCUAUCCAUUCUAGUCUGGAAUCUAUCCGCAAUUUCCCCCAGCCUGAUCUACGACACUUGCCAUUUUUAGAUCAUGGCUAUUUUGCCGACUUCGUAUGCCAUUGCAACGGUCUGCUUUACGUCAACGAUGUGAAUGAAAAGUACUUAUUUAACCCAGCAACGCGGCAAGUCAAGCUUCUUCCUCCUCCGCCCUGCAACUCACGCCGAGAAGGCUUUCUAUGUUCUGAAGUUUAUGAUGGAUUAGGUUACGAUCCUAAUACCAACGACUAUAAAGUUGUUAUCUUGGCCGAGUACGCUUCUAUUAUGAUUAAAAAUCAUAUACUAUUUAAAGCUGAUCUAUAUAGCCUGAGUACUGAUUCCUGGAGAGAGGUUGAUGCCAAGUUUCCAACUUUGGCGCAUCCCCGCUUCUGCAUGUUAUUUGAUGGACGAAUGCACUGGAGCGGAUUCCAUCGGGCAGCAAGGGAAAGGGCAGUGCUCUUUUCUUUCAACAUGAGCAGUGAAGUAGUGGAAGAGAUAGGAAUACCUGAUGCUUUGUUGGUGAAUGAACUUGUUCCUCCUCGUCUUGAUGUCCUCAGAGAAUCCCUCACAUUAAUCUCAACUUGGUUUUCGGGACCCGGGGAAGAUCGCAUUGAUAUAUGGAUGAUGAAUGAAUAUGGUGUUAAGGAGUCUUGGACAAAAAUAUUUUCAGUUGGACCUGGUUUGGGGAACCCUUUCAUUAAGGUUGUUUGGAAUGAUGAGCUCCUCAUAGAUAGCAAUUUCGGACAACAAUUGAUUUUAUGUCCCCUUACUGCAGGCCAUCAAGUACAGAAGUUUGAUGUUUUUGGCGGGCAAGAAACGUUUCUGAAAAUUGUGAUUUACAAGGAAAGUUUGGUUUCAGUCAAGAAAACAAGUGAUCAUCCUGUAUGCAGUUGA